CGAAAAGUGUAUGUGAUUCGUGAACGACCGAUUCCAUUUAGAUGCGGACAGCAUCACUCUCAGGAUGGGCGUACGAUGCAUCCAUGGUAAAGAAGGCCGUCUAUCUGAUGUUGCUCUCGGUCGAGGUCAUGAAGAUUUCUCGACUGCCUGACAAGACAUCGGGUCGGUUGUGACAGUACGACUUUAAGAAGAGCCACAAGAUCCAGGACGAUCGCAUUACACCGCAUGUGACCAAUUACGACGGGCGUAUCUGAGUCUGCUCUCGCCCUUGCGAAACGAUGCGUCUCGUUGGAUUCUAACGACCUCCCGCUUACUGACUGAUAUUCUACAACGACUCCUGCAUAUGCACACCUCCUGGAUCUGACGACAUCUUCCUAGUGCUUGAUGAAACGUGUUCAUCUCCCGGAAGCGCUGAUGGACUGCCAUGCUCUGGGAUGCGCCACCGGCCAACGUUUGUGUCGCACGAGCUUACUUUUGCUUCCUUGAGCGCCCAUGUCUCAAUCUGCC